AUGGAUCCGACGACGCCGUUGCUUAACUCCCACGGUGGCGAAACAGAAGAGGAUUAUGAGCCGGCGAGGAAAUGGAGCGACGUGAAGCGAGUGUUGGCUACGGAGUCAGCCAAGAUGUGGACGAUCGCUGUUCCGAUUGGUUUCAGCAUCAUCUGUCAGUAUGGCGUCACCUCCGUCACCAACAUCUUCGUCGGCCAUAUCGGCGAGAUCGAGCUCUCCGCCGUCUCCAUCUCUCUCUCCGUCAUCGGCACUUUCUCCUUCGGCUUCCUGCUUGGAAUGGGAAGUGCACUUGAAACACUCUGUGGCCAAGCGUUUGGAGCUGGUCAAGUCAACAUGUUAGGCAUCUACAUGCAGAGAUCUUGGAUCAUCUUGUUCGUUUCUUGCAUCGUACUCCUCCCUAUUUACAUCUUCGCCACUCCCGUUCUAAGACUCCUCGGUCAAGCCGAGGAGAUCUCUGUAGCAGCCGGAGACUUCACCAUCCUAACAAUCCCUCAGCUCUUCUCAAUGGCAUUCACUUUCCCAACCUCCAAGUUCCUUCAAGCGCAGAGCAAAGUCACCGCCAUCGCUUGGAUUGGGUUUAUAGCUCUUCUCUUACACACCGGUAUGCUUUGGCUGUUCCUGAUGGUGUUUGGUUGGGGAACAAACGGUGCUGCGUUGGCGUUUAACAUCACCAACUGGUUAACGGCGAUCUCUCAGAUCGUUUACGUGGUUGGUUGGUGCAACGAAGGGUGGACUGGUUUGUCUUGGUUGGCUUUUAAAGAGAUUUGGGCUUUUGUUAGACUCUCCAUUGCUUCUGCUGUUAUGCUCUGUCUUGAGCUUUGGUAUAUGAUGAGUAUCAUUGUCCUUACUGGUCAUCUUGACAACGCUGUUAUUGCUGUUGAUUCCCUCUCUAUAUGCAUGAAUAUCAACGGCUUGGAGGCUAUGUUGUUCAUCGGAAUAAACGCAGCUAUAAGUGUCCGUGUCUCCAAUGAGCUUGGGUUAGGACGUCCAAGAGCAGCUAAAUACUCAGUCUAUGUCACGGUGUUGGAGUCUCUCCUCAUUGGUCUUGUCUUUAUGGUGGCUAUUAUUAUAGCUAGAGACGAUUUUGCAGUCAUCUUCACAAGUAGUAAAGGGCUUCAACGUGCGGUGGCUAAGCUGGCUUAUCUUCUUGGUAUAACCAUGGUUCUCAACAGCGUGCAGCCGGUUAUUUCCGGUGUGGCUAUUGGAGGUGGUUGGCAAGGGUUAGUGGCUUAUAUCAACUUGGGUAGUUACUACAUUUUUGGGCUUCCCUUUGGCUAUUUUCUUGGUUACAAAUUAAACUUGGGAGUGAUGGGGCUUUGGUCUGGAAUGAUAGCAGGGACAGCGCUUCAAACGGUGUUACUAAUGUUUGUCCUGUACAAGACAAACUGGAAUAAAGAGGUGGAGGAGACGAUGGAACGUAUGAAGAAAUGGGGAGGAAGCGCUAGCACAGAGAAAGAAGUGAUUGCGUGA